GAAUUGCCGCUACAGCCUUUGAACAGCUUCUUUCAAGAGCCUUUCAACCCGCUGAAUUCUUUGCCGACGCACGAAUGGCUUAAUAAUGCCAAGCCAAGCGACGAGGACGAAGCUCGAUUGACUAUGCUAGGCAAUGUCGUGGUGCCACAGUGUGCCCAAUUGGGCAGCUGCAUUUUGCAGCAUGUGAUUCAGGGACAGCAGAAGCAGUAG